AUGCCCACCGGAGGGCUUGCUUCACGCCGCGGUGGCGGCCAGAAUAUUAAACCUUUGUCCUUCGAGUCUAUUAAGACUCCUACUGAUCCCAAGGACAACGGAGUUCCCACUCCGCGAACCAGCCGAUCUCACCUGCUUGCGGGUCUUAGGACGGCUCCAAAGUCGGCCACCGCAACUUCUUUUGCCGCUUCGCCAACUUCCACCGUCCCGCCUACUCGUGUACAUGGCAGGGAUGGUGCUGGAAACAUGUAUGGUAACCAGGACGGCAUGUAUGGCGGACCUAAGACGUCACUCCCCCGUCUUGCGACCCAGCAGCAGAGCUACAACCCGAUGAUUAGCUCUAGCCAGCAGCAUUAUACUGCCGAACAGAUCUUGGCACCCCCUGAGCUUCAUCUUGAUGAGCAAGUCCAAGACCAAAUGGAUCCUUCGCUCUAUGCUCAGCUAGUAGCGACCAAUAUGUACCUGGCCCAGCAGCAGCAGCGAUUGCAACAACAAUUGCUCAGUGUCCAGGCUGCAGCUCAGCAGUUCCAGGCAAUGAGUCUCAGUGGACAGUCGGUGUUGCAGCAGCAGAUGGCUCUGCAGAAUCUGUACCAACAGCAGCAGCAGCUUAAGAAUUUGCAGCAGUCGAUGGCUAACCCCAUGCAAAUUCAGCAGAGCCUCUUCCCCUAUUAUGACACCGCCGGCCAGCAAAUGUUCUACGUUAACCAAAACGCCACUCAGAUGAGGAACGUCGGCAAUUAUGUGGAUCGCACUCCUGGUACUCCUCAGGGCUAUGGUCACUCGCAGGCAAACAACGGCACGCCCCGUGUUCAAGUUUCGCCGCCUCCCAUGGAAAGCACCCCGCCUGUCUACCGAACUACCUCGCCUCCGAAGAAGGUAGAAAUAAUCGCGGAACCUACACCCCUACCACCUCCAUCUGCUAAUGCCUUCCGUCGCGGCCACAAGAAGUCAUCCUCCCUCGCGAAUGGGAAUAAGGGUCUGUCACUGUCGAUGGAUGAUGCUCCUAAGUCGGCUGGCCCCAAGACGGCCUCCUUCCCGCUUACUCCCAUGACUAAUGGUGGCUAUGGCCCUGGCCAAGGUCGUGCUGGCGAGCACCCUAUUCGCCAGCCUCGUGGCCCUCCCGCACUUGAUGAACUUAAGGCGAAACCCACUGCCAAGCACGAGGGUAGCAAGAACUUUGCUCAGCGAACUCGCCGUUCUGCUGUCCACAAUCUGGUGAAGGCCGGGAUGGUUAGGCGCAAGGGUACGGGUAGUAGCUGCGGAAGCAUGAGCCCCGUAUCCGAGAGCGCAGAGGAAGUUUGCACGCCAUUGACUGACAACGAGUCCGACUCUGGGCGUAGUGGCUCAGGCAGCCUCUCAGGCGAUGCAGAGCCCAGUCUUGCUAGUUCCAGGACUUCCACGAGUGGCAGCUGGGGAGCUAUUGGCUCCGACCGCCCUGGCUCGCGCCAGAAGUCGCGGAAGAGUGUUGAUAGCCUGUCCAGUGGCGGUGAUAGCGAGGGUAGCUUUGCGAGCGUGUUCAAAAACGGUUCUCAGCGCGCUAGUAAGACCGAGUCGAUCGACGGUCAGCGAAAAGCACCCAUGCUCGUACUCACCAGCGCCGAGAAGCGCAAGGGUGGUGUUGUCGUAGCUUAG